AUGUGUCCCCUGCAGCGUUCCUGGCCAUCUUCUCCAGCUGAUGCCGGCAUCCGGCUUCUGUGUUCCGGUCCCUGUGACGUCGGGACGUGCGGGCGCCGGAACCAGUGGCAAAUUUGAAAGUUUUAAAAAAUUUAAUGUUUUUUAAAUCGUAUAUAACAUACAUUUCACAUACAUUUUGUCCCGAGUGCUUUGUCCUGUGCCCUGCCUGCAUUUUUACUGUUUUUUCUGCCUGGAAACUGGGAAAAGUCCAUGGCGUCCAAAAAGCGUCCCUUUAGGUCAAAAGCAGUUUUAGACCAGCUAGAGAACAGCGAUAGUAAAUUAGAACCACUUGCAGAAUUGA